GGCGUUUCCAUGGUAGCGAGUGGCCGGUUCCUUGCGGGGCUAAGCAACAAAGUAGUAUCAGUGUUCGGUGGCUCCACUGGAACUACGCAGAGCCAGACCAGCGGGACCACAGAAUGGGCUGAGGCGGCGGCGGCUGUUGGGAUAAAGUCUACAGCGGGACGUGGGGCGUGACACCGUAGUAAAAGCCCAGCUUGAAAAUGGAGAUGUAUGAAACCCUUGGAAAAGUGGGAGAGGGAAGUUACGGAACAGUCAUGAAAUGUAAACAUAAGAAUACUGGGCAGAUAGUGGCGAUUAAGAUAUUUUAUGAGAGACCAGAACAAUCUGUCAACAAAAUUGCGAUGAGAGAAAUAAAGUUUCUAAAGCAAUUUCAUCACGAAAACCUGGUCAAUCUGAUUGAAGUUUUUAGACAGAAAAAGAAAAUUCAUUUGGUAUUUGAAUUUAUUGACCACACAGUAUUAGAUGAGUUACAACAUUAUUGUCAUGGACUAGAGAGUAAACGACUUAGAAAAUACCUCUUCCAGAUCCUUCGAGCAAUUGACUAUCUUCACAGUAAUAACAUCAUUCAUCGAGAUAUAAAACCUGAGAAUAUUUUAGUAUCCCAGUCAGGAAUUACUAAGCUCUGUGAUUUUGGUUUUGCACGAGCACUAGCAGCUCCUGGGGACAUUUAUACGGACUAUGUGGCCACACGCUGGUAUAGAGCUCCAGAAUUAGUAUUAAAAGAUACUUCUUAUGGAAAACCUGUGGAUAUCUGGGCUUUGGGCUGUAUGAUCAUUGAGAUGGCCACUGGAAAUCCCUAUCUUCCUAGUAGUUCUGAUUUGGAUUUACUCCAUAAAAUUGUUUUGAAAGUGGGCAAUUUGUCACCUCACUUGCAGAAUAUCUUUUCCAAGAGCCCCAUUUUUGCUGGGGUAGUUCUUCCUCAAGUUCAACACCCCAAAAAUGCAAGAAAAAAAUACCCAAAGCUUAAUGGAUUGUUGGCAGAUAUAGUUCAUGCUUGUUUACAAAUUGAUCCUGCUGACAGGAUAUCAUCUAGUGAUCUUUUGCAUCAUGAGUAUUUUACUAGAGAUGGAUUUAUUGAAAAAUUCAUGCCAGAACUGAAAGCUAAAUUACUGCAGGAAGCAAAAGUCAAUUCAUUACUAAAGCCAAAAGAGAAUUCUAAAGAAAAUGAACUCAGGAAAGAUGAAAGAAACACAGUUUAUACCAAUACACUGCUAAGUAGUUCAGUUUUGGGAAAGGAAAUAGAAAAAGAGAAAAAGCCCAAGGAGAUCAAAGUCAGAGUUAUUAAAGUCAAAGGAGGAAGAGGAGAUAUCUCCGAACCAAAAAAGAAAGAAUAUGAAGGUGGACUUGGUCAACAGGAUGCAAAUGAAAAUGUUCAUCCUAUGUCUCCAGAUACAAAACUUGUAACCAUUGAACCACCAAACCCUAUCAAUCCCAGCACUAACUGUAAUGGCUUGAAAGAAAAUCCACAUUGCGGAGGUUCUAUGACAAUGCCACCCAUCAAUCUAACUAACAGUAAUUUGAUGGCUGCAAAUCUCAAUUCAAAUCUCUUUCACCCUGGUGUGAGGUUAACUGAAAGAGCAAAAAAGAGACGCACUUCUUCACAAUCUAUUGGACAAGUUAUGCCUAAUAGCAGGCAAGAGGAUCCAGGUCCUAUUCAAAGCCAAAUGGAGAAGGGUAUAUUUAAUGAGCGAACAGGUCACAGUGAUCAAAUGGCAAAUGAGAACAAAAGGAAGCUGAAUUUUUCCAGAUCUGACAGGAAAGAAUUCCAUUUUCCAGAAUUGCCUGUCACAAUACAGUCAAAAGAUACAAAAGGAAUGGAAGUUAAACAGAUAAAAAUGCUGAAGAGAGAGUCAAAGAAAACAGAUUCAUCUAAGAUACCAACUUUACUUAACAUGGAUCAAAAUCAAGAAAAACAAGAGAAUACAGGAAAUGCACAAACUGAAAGGAAGAAGAACUUGCCAGAUGUAGAGUAGAAAAUGCAGCAGCUGAAAAUUCAGGGAAUCCCAGAAUCACUGUAUGGUUUUUUAAAAAUCCUUUUUAUUAAUGUUACAUACACAAAAAUGCUAACUAGAUAAUUUUACAGGUAUAUCGUAAAUCCUGUUAUAUGUACAUUCACCUAAAUUUGUUUUUAAAUUUAUUAAUCUUUAAAUUAUUCAUGUUUUCUUAAUUUGAACAUGAAUUUAUAAAAACUACCUGACUGAUACAUCCUAAUAAAAUUGCAGCUUACAUUUAGUCAUAUAAUUUUAUUUGAUCACCUAUUAUUUCAAUCAUACUUGAUUAGUGGUCAUUCUUAGCAUUGGUUUAGGGCUUUAUAAUUACAGAAGGAAAAGUUUCUAAAUAUGUGAUAAAGUAAGAUCCUGAUGUCUGGGAACACCAAACGUUUCUGAGCAAACAAAUAUGCUUGAUAACCAUGUAACAUGGGUUUGGCUUCACACUGAACUUUCUGGAGCAGCAUUUAAACAUAUCAUGAAGAUUGUUUAAAAGGAUGGAAAUUGGUCGGGCAUGGUGGCUCACGCCUGUAAUCCCAGCACUUUGGGUGGCCGAGGCAGGUGGAUCAUGAGGCCAGGAGUUCGAGACCAGUCUGGCCAGCAUGGUGAAACCCCAUCUCUACUAAAAAUGCAAAAAAUUAGCCGGGCAUUGUGGCGUGCACCUGUAAUCCCAGCUACUCAGAGGUGGAGGCAGGAGAAUUGCUUGAACCUGGGAGGCAGAGGUUGUAGUGAGCCAAGAUCACGCCACUGCACUCCAGCCUGAGCAACAGAGCGAGACUCCAUCCCGCCGCCCCCCGCAAAAAAAAAGAUGGAAGUUGAGCAAGGCAUCGAAGCAAAUCUUUUGGCUUGACUAGCAUGUUUAUAAUUUAGUAAUUUACAUGUAAUUUAGCAUUAAUAAAGUCAGAGUUUUGGUAGCAUAUAUUUACAUUCUAGUCCCUGAUUCUUACUAGCUUGGUUUCUAAUUUUAGGGUGGAGAUGGCCAUUGUGAGGGGAAGAAUUUGAAGAGAAACAGGUUUUUUUUCUGGUAGUGUCUUUUCUUUUAAAUAGUCCUAAAAAUACAAGAUGACAACUCUUCCCGUUUUAUUUAUCUACAAUAGAAAUGUGAUGUGCGUCGUUGUUAAGACAGCCAUCCGUGUGUGAGCAUCAUCCAACUUUUUUUUGUUAGCAAAACAUUUACUGUUUUCUUUUCCCUUUUAAGACUCUGUUGAUGUCAUAAUUUGAUUUGGAAUUAUAAAGUCACCUCUUUUCUGCCUA